CCUCUUCAGAUCUACUAGUAACUGUGCCCGGGAAGCUUGUUCACUCGCGCCUUCUCAAUCUCAUCCAAGGCGAAAGCGAGCGGCAAUCGCGAUUUCCGAGACGCCCCUCUUUUCGGGGCCACUUCGCAUCCCACUUCCAACUCUUCCCUCAUUCAAUUCCCCAUCGGUUGAGUCACCAUCACUCGACUCCAGUCGUCUCAAUGGCUGCUCCAAACACGAACCGGCUGAGCCCUGCAUCGCAGGCUGCCAACAAAGUAUUCACUAGAGUCGAUCUGGAUGGCCAUGCGCUUCCUCCAUCUCCUGCUCCGUCAAGCCCGCUCUCCGGAAGGAAGCGGUAUGCCCUCGCCACGGAAUUGGUUUACACAGAUUCUAAGGACCAGUAUGGUGCCUCGAGCAUUCCCAUUUACCAGUCGGCCACCUUCAAGCAGACCUCGUCCAACGGCGGCGGCGAGUAUGACUACACCCGAUCGGGCAACCCAACCCGCACACACCUCGAGCGCCACCUAGCCAAGAUUAUGAACGCAAACCGCGCCCUUGCCGUUUCGUCCGGAAUGGGCGCCCUGGAUGUCAUCACGCGUCUCCUGAAGCCGGGCGACGAAGUCAUUACUGGCGAUGAUCUGUACGGCGGAACGCAUCGCCUCCUCACAUACCUCAAGAACAACCAAGGGGUUGUGGUACACCACGUCGACACCACCAAUGUCGACAACGUCAAGGCGGUCAUCUCGGACAAGACGACCAUGGUGCUGCUCGAGACGCCGACAAACCCACUGCUCAAGGUUGUAGACAUUCCGUCGAUUGCCAGAGCCACCCACGAAGCCAACAGCAAAGCGCUCGUCGUGGUUGAUAAUACGAUGCUCUCGCCUAUGCUGCUAAACCCCCUGGACAUCGGCGCGGACAUCGUCUACGAAUCCGGCACAAAGUACCUCUCCGGCCACCACGACAUCAUGGCUGGUGUGAUUGCCUGCAAUGACCCCGAGCUCGGCGACAAGAUGUACUUCACCAUCAACGCCACAGGUUGCGGGUUGUCGCCAAAUGACUCUUUCUUGCUCAUGAGGGGCGUCAAGACGCUCGCCAUCCGCAUGGAGAAGCAGCAGGCAAAUGCUCAGCGAAUCGCCGAGUUCCUCGAGUCACACGGCUUCCGCGUCCGGUACCCCGGCCUGAAGUCCCACCCGCAGUACGACCUCCACUGGUCCAUGGCACGGGGCGCUGGCGCUGUCCUGUCAUUCGAGACCGGGGACGUUGCGCUCUCUGAACGCAUCGUCGAGGCUGCCAGACUGUGGGGCAUCAGUGUCAGCUUCGGCUGUGUCAACAGUCUCAUUAGCAUGCCCUGCCGCAUGAGCCAUGCAAGCAUUGACGCCAAAACUAGACAAGAGAGAGAGAUGCCUGAAGACUUAAUUCGGUUGUGUGUUGGCAUUGAGGAUGUGGAUGACCUGAUCGACGAUCUAUCCCGUGCUCUUGUCCAAGCGGGAGCCGUGACCGUGUCGUUAGAUGGCUUCCAAGCGAAUGCUGUUGAUGACGAAGGAACAACCGCUUCUUCGGCUUAGGCCGCCCCGUAGAAGUUCGGGGUCUACACAGCAAGGUUCGCAGAUCUGCUGGUCGGGUCACAGGCAUCGGCAACAACUUCUCAACAAACGGAUGAAAAUUCUGCUUAGAAUUAAAGGCCUUAAAGAGCAGCCAAAUCGGGUCACCGGGACGCGGAAAGCGUAUGAUUCUGAGAAGCACCCUCACAUAUCUCGUGCCGCUCCAACUAUCACGCGGCGUCAGCGCUCUGACGACCCCUGCAGCCUUGGAGUCCAGCAUCACUGUUCGUCGUUAACUCAAUGGAUCCGGUGCAUCAGCAGGGAGUCAGCGCUCACCCAACCAGUCCGCUGGCGAAUAGAGCUUCGUUGAUGGUGAGAUUUCUGGGAUCAAAUUCGUCGCUCCACGCUCUUAGCAUCGGCGACUGCUGCUGGGUGACAUUCCCAGUCGAAGACGACAAGCAUCGGCUGGGUGUAUCGUCACUGCGAGCGUCAGAAAACAUCCUUUGCGUUUGUCCGACAAGUUGGCAAAUGCAACCAACCCUCGAUGGAUGUCCUGGGCUUCUCCUGUCUGGUCUUUGACGCUGUGGGGCAUGGUUGGUUGGGGCAUGAAGAGUUCGGAUGUCUUGGUCAUCAGCAAGGGACUUGGUGGCCACACCGAAGGGGCUUUUUGAUGUCCUACGGCAGGGGAAGGUAUACCUGGUCUAUAUACCAUUC